GGCUUGGCGCCCCUCUCUGCCCGAGGGUUGGGAUGCGGGCGCGCGGGUCCGGGAGAGCUGCCCUCGGGCGACGAACGGCGUUGGCCAGGCCCCCAGCCCGCCUCCCUCGGGCCUGCGGGAGAGCAGCCACCACGCCUCCCCGCUCACUUCCGCUGGAGACUCCGCGCGGCGUCGUGGCGACUCCCUGAGAACCAGUGCGCCCUGCGGCCGGCGCAGGCCCCGCCGCCAUGAAGGUGAAGAUCAAGUGCUGGAACGGCGUGGCCACCUGGCUCUGGGUGGCCAACGACGAGAACUGUGGGAUCUGCAGGAUGGCAUUCAAUGGCUGCUGUCCAGACUGUAAGGUGCCUGGCGAUGACUGCCCGCUGGUGUGGGGCCAGUGCUCACACUGCUUCCACAUGCACUGCAUCCUCAAGUGGCUCAACGCGCAGCAGGUGCAGCAGCACUGCCCCAUGUGCCGGCAGGAGUGGAAGUUCAAGGAGUGAGUCGCCCAUGCUGCACCUGGACCCCUCUCCCCCACCCCAAGAUGGCCCUGAGUCCCCCUUUUCCUAGUGGGACCUGAUGGCCAUGGUCUGGAGACAGUCCUUGGGCUGUGACAGGGUUGAAACAAGGACCGGAGCCUGUUUGUUGUUUUCCAUCACAAUGCUGACGCUUUUAUUCAAUAAAUAAAACUCAUUAAAGUACCUGAGCCUUGCUGGAGGCUUUGGCUGCCUGUGUCUUGGCACAUUGAUGAAGCUGCAGUGUUUUGAUAUGAAAACUCUCAUGAAUAAACAUCUUGAUGAAA